CCGGCGCGCGCGCUGGCUUUAGUGUAUCGGCUGAAAACCGUCGACGUGUCUGUGUACUAUACCACUCAAACUGUUGGUUGGCUGUGUAGUACAUGAUGUAUCGAUAUCUGUUGGUCCUUUUGUGUUUUGUUACAUCAUCAGCGAUUUAAAAAAUGGCGUCUUUGAAGGAGAUGUGUGAGGGUCUUCCUCUUGAUCCUCUGCCCUCUGCCAGAACAAGAGAUAACAACAUAGCUCACGCUCCUGUGAGAGUGCCCAAUCUUACACCGGACGAAGAACGGCUUGCAUUACAAAAUGCACUGCGUUAUUUCCCACCUGAACUUCAUGAUGUCCUGGCACCAGAGUUUGCUGAAGAAUUGCGAGAGUUUGGUCACAUCUACAUGUACCGCUUUCGUCCAAAUAUUGAAAUGAGAGCGUAUCCCAUAAACGAUUAUCCAUGCAACACACGGCAAGCUGCAGGCAUCAUGCAUAUGAUCAUGAACAAUUUAGACCCCCGGGUUGCUCAGUUUCCUCAUGAGCUUGUUACCUAUGGAGGAAAUGGGCAGGUAUUCUCCAACUGGGCACAGUUUCGUCUUGCAAUGCACUACUUGUCUGAAAUGACAGAGGAUCAGACACUGGCAUUGUACUCAGGUCAUCCGAUGGGGUUAUUUCCUAGUCAUAUUGAUGCACCAAGGGUUGUCGUCACCAAUGGCAUGAUGGUGCCAAACUAUUCUUCAAGAGAGAAUUAUGACCGACUGUUUGGCUUGGGUGUCACUAUGUAUGGCCAGAUGACUGCUGGAAGCUUCUGUUAUAUUGGUCCACAAGGCAUCGUCCAUGGAACAACGAUCACUGUGAUGAAUGCUGGUCGCCAGCAGCUGGGGACCAGUGAUUUGAGAGGUCGGGUCUUUGUGUCGUCAGGUCUUGGGGGUAUGAGUGGUGCUCAGGCCAAAGCAGCAGUCAUCUGUGGCUGUAUUGGGGUCAUUGCGGAGGUCAGUAAGGAAGCCUUACUGAAAAGACACAAGCAAGGGUGGGUGAUGGAAGUAGUUGACAGUUUGGAUGUUUGCAUUGAGAGGAUCAAACGAGCAAAGAAAGAAAAAACACCUCUCAGUAUUGGUUACCAUGGAAACAUUGUGGACAUUUGGGAGAGAAUGGUUACAGAGUAUGACAGCACAGGUGAGCUGUUAGUUGACCUAGGGUCAGACCAGACCUCUUGUCAUAACCCCUUUAAUGGUGGCUACUAUCCCACUCAAGUGAGCUUUGAUGAAGCUAAUGACAUCAUGACGACAGACCCAGUCCGAUUCAAGAACUUGGUCCAAGAAAGCUUGCGUCGUCAGAUCGCUGCCAUCAAUAAACUUGCUGACCGCGGCAUGUACUUCUUUGACUAUGGCAAUGCGUUCUUACUUGAAGCAAGUCGAGCAGGUGCUGAUGUAAAGAAGGAAGGGGACCAGACUGGUAAUAGGUUCAGAUAUCCGUCCUAUGUUCAAGACAUCAUGGGUGACAUAUUCUCUCUUGGGUUUGGUCCCUUCCGAUGGGUCUGCACAUCCAGUGACCCCAAUGAUCUUGCCACCACUGAUGAAAUAGCAACAACAGUCUUGGAAGACUUCAUCAGACAAGGAGUUCCAGAAACUACCAAACAACAGUACGAGGACAACAUUCGUUGGAUUAAGGAAGCCGCCAAACACAAACUAGUUGUGGGUUCUCAAGCUCGAAUCCUGUACUCCAAUCAGCGUGGUCGUAUGGCCAUUGCAUCGGCUUUCAAUCAAGCUGUCAGUGAGGGUAAACUCCGUGGCCCAGUCAUCAUCAGUAGAGAUCAUCAUGAUGUCAGUGGUACUGAUAGUCCAUUCCGUGAGACCUCCAACAUUUAUGAUGGCUCAGCUUUCUGUGCAGAUAUGGCCGUACAGAAUGUUAUCGGUGAUUCCUUCCGUGGGGCUACUUGGGUGGCCUUACAUAACGGAGGCGGAGUAGGUUGGGGGGAAGUUAUCAACGGAGGUUUUGGCUUGAUGCUAGAUGGGACGGAGAGAGCAGGAGAGAGAGCCAAAGCCAUGCUAGCUUGGGAUGUCACUAACGGGGUUGCUCGACGAAGCUGGUCAGGAAAUACGAAAGCCCAGGAGACCAUUUGCCAUGCCAUGCAGUCCAAUAGUAAGCUGAAAGUGACCCUACCACACAACGUCCAAUCAGAUGUCUUGGACAGAGCCUUUAGAAACUAACCCAGCUAGGUUUCCAGAUCAUGAUCAUGCCGCAUGUUACUAGAAACUGGUCACAUAAAAUGUGACCAUUUCGAAAUAUCCAGCAUUGUGUUGAAAUUGCUACAUACAUAAUCCUCGUUAUUUGCUUGUGUUGUAUUUAAUACCAUUACAGAUGUUUACUUUUAUUGAAUAAAAACUUUCCUGCCAUCCAUGCUUGCUCUACAUUCCUGCAGUGAAUUUGUUUGUCGAAGAGACACCUGCUUUCCCAUGCCUCUUGUAUAGUAUGACCGUCCACAUUUGAUAACCAUGUGAACCACACUGGCUUUUCCUACAAUCAUAGGCAAGAUUGGACACCAACUAUAGCUUUGACCACUGGUCUGUCGAUAACCAGCAGUGCGAUUAGCCCAGGGUUUGAUUCGAAAUGGUCAUCUAGGUGGUCUAAACCAAUAUUCAUGCAGCACUGAUUGAACUAUGAGUAACUGUGGUCAUUUCUAAACCUUGCCUUACUUUUUGUCAGUAGUCGGAUUACAGCCACAUUUAUGAACCGUUAAAAGUGAGAUUUUAGUUACCAUGCAAAACCUUGAACAUAAUGGUGAACCAAGGACGAGCAGUGUGACCAUUGUAAUUAAAUGGAUCUGUUAGAGCAGUGCACUAGCAUUUCUGCAAAACUGUCAAGAGUGAGAAAGAUGUAAAGUAUUCUUAAGAAAAUAAAGCCUACAUGUACACUUCCAUAAAUUAAUUUACAAGUACAUUAAUUCUUAUUAAUUCUAAGAUGUAGCACAACGGUUCCGUGUAUUUUCCUGGUUGUUGGUUUGAGCUGUGUAGUUAGAGAAAGCUGGUUUUUUUGGGUGAUGGGUUCAAUGAAAAAUUUAACGUAGAAAUGAGUCAAUGUAUGAUGGGAACUUUGUAGAAAGACUUUAGUUUGAAUAUUUGAAUGAUUUUCAGGAUUAGUUUGAACUUUUCAAUCUAUUAAAGUUGCUUGUAGUUGUAGUUUAAUGCAUGCCACUUAUUGCUUUUGUUUAUAGUUUCCAACUGAAACAUUUGCGUUGCUAUUUAACAUUCACGGAGAAAUCCAGCUACCCAGAACCAAGCAUUUAAAAAAAAUUUUGGUUGAAAAUUUUGACAUAGUGGAUACAUUGUAUAACUUCAGUAGAAGAUAUUCAGGAAUGUUAAAAACAUCACUGGAUUGAAAUGUUUGUUUCUGCUGAAUAAAUUUUUCUUUCUAGUGGCUUAACUUAAAAACUCAAAGUUCUUUCAUGGUAAAUAUAACUUUCUAUUCCACGGUGAUAAAUUUCUGAAAUUGAUCAUGCAGGAUGUUUUCUAAGAUUAAUUAUGGUGCAAAACAAUUUUAUGAGGUGAUAAAUGGAAUGUUCCAUUUUACAAGGUAGAUUGAGUGACAACUCACUCAACAUACAUGCACCAUUUUCUAUGCUUAUUCAAACAAUAUGGUACAGGAUGCAUCCUGUCAAGUAGAAGCUGGAUUGUAAUCAAACUUGUAACCGAUGUUGCAAUGUCUGUCACUUAUUCAAUUACAGAAAACAGAACCAUGUCUCUGUAAGCUUAUGCAUGGGUUGCUGCUGGUUGUUGCAUGGGUUGCUAUGAAGGGUAUGACAUGCAUUAAAUGGUUGACUUCUUUAUAUUCA